CUAAUACAUUCUUAGAAUAUAGCUGAGAUGGAAAAAGAAAUUAUAAUUUAGGUUUUACAGGAAGGAAAGAAGCAUAAAGAAUAAAAGUAUUGAAGAUUGAAUUAUCGAGACGAAGAAGAACAAAAAUCGUCAUUUAUUUUUUUAAUGUUUUUUAUUUAGUCGUCCACAUAUAAUUAAGAUAUAAUUAAUUAAAAUAUAAAAAUAAAAACUUUAAAAGAAGCGUCGAAGUAAAACUUCUUCGUAAGGCGCCAAAAUUGAACAUUUUAUAUAUGCAGUUGUUAUUUAACCCCGGGUCAGUCCUGAUUGAGCAGACUUAUGAGCAAAGACAUUACAAAGCGUUCCGACCGAGACCAACCCGUGUUGAUGGUUUUUAAGGAUAUGCAGGACUACAUUAAUCAACAAGUACAUGCUUUUAAUUUAGACGAUGAGGUGUAAGAAGAGGAAGAUUUAGCUGUUGUUAGCAGCAUGUCGGACGACCACGUAGUGUCUCCCUCGUUGGUUUAUAUAACCACAGUUUGUAGCCCAAGUUGUUAGUCUCGUACACACCAAGGUAGCUGCAGUGUCAAGCGCCAAUUAUUAUAAAUUAAUAAAAGCCACGUGCGUUUCCGUUGUCAUCCCUGUCUGGCCUUAUUUAUUUCUUUAAACGUCCCAUUUGAACUCCUUUCCACAGCAGUAAGCCACAGUGAGUGCUUGAGGAGUGCCCGCUAUUACUGUAAUAGGUACAGGUUACGAGGAGCUGGGUCGAAGGAGGUGACUCGAACCGAAAUGUGUACGAAUGAGGAAUUCUUUAUACCUGAUGACGAAAGUGGACUGGAAGAAGCCUGUGGGGUCUUUGGUUGCGUUGCCAGUGGGGAAUGGCCUCAACCACCGAAAACAACCGAUUUGGAUGUCCCCCACAUUAUUUGCCUGGGUCUGGUCGGUCUACAACAUCGGGGCCAAGAGAGUGCAGGGAUUGUAACGAGCACUGGAAAUGAAAUACAUUUCACUCAAAAGAAAGGAAUGGGCCUUGUCAGUCAUAUCUUCCGAGAGGAAGAAAUUUCACAACUCCGUGGAAAUCUUGGAAUCGGCCACACACGUUAUUCCACGGCUGGAUCUUCUAACAUCAUCAAUUGCCAACCGUUUGUGGUUGACACAUUACACGGAAAGAUUGGUGUGGCGCACAACGGCGAAUUGGUUAAUGCCAAGUCUCUGAGAAAGAAGUUACUUAGGCAUGGAGUGGGUCUUUCUACCAGCACCGACAGUGAACUAAUAACACAAGUUCUUACACACACACCACAGGAGGGAGAACCAAAUGGAUGUAACUGGAUCACAAGGAUAAAGAAUCUCAUGAAAAUCACCAGCAUAUCGUAUUCUCUGCUAAUCAUGCAUAAAUCAAAGAUCUAUGCUGUCCGAGAUCCAUUUGGGAACCGUCCACUUUGUAUUGGUCAGCUGCAAUCAAUCAACACCACAGAUGAAGAAGUUUAUAAACAGAUUGAUGGUUGGCUGGUUUCUUCAGAAUCCUGUUCAUUCCAAGCUGUUGGUGCCAAAUAUAUCCGAGAAGUUUUACCAGGUGAAAUAGUUGAGAUUAGUCAAAGUGGAGUUAAGUCCCUUUGUCGAGUUCCUUGCCCUGGCAACAAACCUUCUGCUUUCUGCAUCUUCGAGUAUGUCUAUUUUGCCCGACCGGACAGCAUUAUGGAAGGUCAAAUGGUGUAUUCUGUGAGGAAGCGGUGUGGUCAACAACUGGCCAUAGAAUUCCCUGUUAACGUAGACCUGGUCAGCACCGUCCCUGAAUCAGCAACACCUGCUGCCAUGGCUUAUGCCGAAAUGCUUGGUAUUCCAUACGGUGAAGUAUUGUGUAAGAAUCGCUAUGUUGGUCGAACAUUCAUCCAGCCGAGCUUGAGACUUCGGCAGCUUGGCGUCGCUAAGAAAUUUGGUGCAUUGACAGAGAACUUCAAAGGCAAACGAAUUGUCCUCAUUGACGAUUCUAUUGUACGGGGAACAACAAUGGCACCAAUCAUUAAACUACUGAAGACCUCAGGAGCUACAGAAGUCCACAUAAGGGUGGCUUCUCCACCUGUAAAAUACCCAUGUUAUAUGGGUAUCAACAUCCCAACCAAGGAGGAGUUGAUUGCUAACCAAUUUAAUUCUUCGCAACUGGCAGAACAUUUAGGUGCUGACAGUUUAGAAUAUCUCUCUGUUGAGGGGCUCCACUUAGCCGUGAAGAAAGGGGCUAAACAUAUGGAAGAUGAUGGUAAAAAUGGAUAUUGUGCUGCCUGCUUAACAGGAAAUUAUCCUGCAGAACUAGAUUGGUAAAAAGAAGACACUCAGAGGAAGCUGUUGAUAUUUUCAGUUCAUUCCUUCCUCACUCUCUCUUGGAUGUUGCAUUUAAAGAAUUCAUAGAUUUUCAAUUAAAUGUCCGAGAUGAGUGUUUGUUGAUGAGAUUAGAAUUGUUUGAUCCAAUUAACUUCAUCAUUAGAGUAGACAUUUACGACAUUGUGUGUGUGUGGUUUGUUGAAACUGAACUUUAGUCUUGUAACUUAAGUUUCUCAUCAUUGUGGUAUCAGGUGAGAAUGCGUGUGUGUGUAUAUUUAUAUAUACUGGUCUUUGCCUCUAUCCAUUUGAUUCUGACAAGUCGCCUGUACAACUAAUCUCUUUAUACAUGCGAAAUCAAUGAUCUCUCUCUCUCUCUCUCUGACCAGCCAUACCAAACAACCUUCUAAAUAUAUAUGUGUGCACACACACACACUCUCUCACAAACUUGCAGUCUCUGAUUGAAACCAGAUGUCUAAUUCCUUGAAAUAUCUCUUGUUCCAGACUGGAUUUGAAAUCAACGUUAUUACCUCCCUUUGUUUAGGUUCCAUUUUCUAUUUCCCCCAAAGUAUCUUGUCAUAUGCGGCCGUGAUUUUUCUGGCUAAACAGAUUACUGCCCUAUGUUUAACACUAAAGUUCCCAUCUACAAAUCACUCCUGCGGCCAUAUACACAUACAUACAUACACACACAUAUAUGUAUGAGUGAGAGAGAAGUAAAUGUCCACUCUAAAGAUGAAUUUAACAAUCAGUAAUAUUA